AAAAGAGAUGGGCUGGCUUUCCUGAAGCAUUUACGAACAGGGACAGUGAAACUUCCUGCAAGUUCAUUCCUUGCUAAAGAUAAGAGGACGGACAUACAGCCACCGUUUCAUAGAAUUUGCCAUGGAGAAGAUCUCAGUGUCAGCAUUCUUGCUCCUUGUCGCCCUCUCUUACACACUGGCCAAAGAUAUCACAGUCAAAUCAGGAGCUAAGAAGGACACAAAGGACUCGGCACCCAAACUGCCCCAGACCCUCUCCAGAGGUUGGGGUGACCAACUCAUCUGGACUCAGACAUACGAAGAAGCUUUAUACAAAUCCAAGACAAGCAACAAACCCUUAAUGAUUAUUCAUCACUUGGAUGAAUGCCCACACAGUCAAGCUUUAAAGAAAGUGUUUGCUGAAAAUAAAGAAAUCCAGAAAUUGGCAGAGCAGUUCGUCCUCCUCAAUCUAGUUUAUGAAACAACUGAUAAACACCUUUCUCCUGAUGGCCAGUAUGUCCCCAGAAUCAUGUUUGUUGACCCAUCCCUGACAGUUAGAGCUGACAUCACUGGAAGAUACUCGAAUCGUCUCUACGCUUACGAACCUUCAGAUGUAGCGCUCUUGCUUGACAACAUGAAGAAAGCGCUCAAAUUGCUGAAGACUGAAUUGUAAAGAAAAAGCAACAUCUUCAAGCUUUUCCUUCUGUGUCAGGCCUUGAGACUUAAGAAGAUCCAAGAAGACUUUGGAGAAUGCAGGAACACAGAUGGACACACUGAUUAAUUAGAUCAGGGUUAUUGUUACAACAGUUACUUUUUUUUAAUUUGAAGUAUACAUGUAUGAAAACAAUCUUGCAUACUA